ACACAACCCCAAUCAUGCUAGUUGAAGUGAUGGGCAUUUGAGAAUGGCGAGUGGCGAGCGAUAAGAUUUGGUUCAGAGAAGUAAGCAAAUAAAGAAAAGGGUAAGAAUGAGCAUUCCUAAUAAGGCUAUUUCUUCCACUUCUCAAACGUCACCCACCGGACCCUGUGUUGGGUUCGCCCAGCAUCUGAGUCCGGGCCGCCGUAUACCAACACGCGUAAUUUGGCCAGGGCGGUGGCGGAGGAGAUGGGGUGGGGUGGUUUGUCAGUCGCCGGCGAUGGAUGGGUGCAGAGCAGACCACGGAGGCGCCGUCGAGACGAUGGAGACUCGAACUUUCCCGGCGGUUCCGACGGUGGGCUUGGCGACGGAGAAUCUGAGGGGGUUGGUGGCAAAGUUGAAAUCUGAGAAACCGGCGUUUAGUUCAGGAAUUAUUCGGCUCCAACUUCCAAUCCAACAGCACAUUAAGGCGAUUCAUUGGCUUUGUUCUCAGCCUCUGCUUCUUCCUCGUAUCUUCUUCUCCGGCCGGAGCAGAGCCAUUGAUUCUGAUCCUCUCCCCUCUGUCAGCUCCAAUGCCCACCACCGCCUCGCCAGCGUCGCAGGUGUGGGCUCUGCAGUCGUCUUCUGCCGCCAUCAUCAGUUUUCGAACUCUGAUUGGGCGUCUAUAAAGAGGUUCCUCUCAAAGAAAUGCCCCCUGAUUCGUGCUUUUGGAGGUAUUCGCUUUGAUUCACGUGCGAACAUAUCGCCUGAAUGGGAGCCUUUUGGCUCGUUUUACUUCAUGGUCCCUCAGGUUGAGUUUGAUGAGUUCGAGGAUGACUCGAUUCUUGCCGCUACUGUAGCUUGGGAUCAUGCCUGUUCUUGGACUUGGGAAAAUGCUGUUGAAUCCCUUCAAUCCACAAUCGAACAGGUUUCUUCUGAUAAUGUAAAUGUACAAAGAGAUCUUCCUCAGAUAUCCAUACUUAGCCACAAUCAUGUUCCCACCAAAACAUUCUGGGAUCGUGCAAUUAACAGGGCGCUGCAAGCGAUUGACCAAUGCGACUCAGAUCUUACCAAGGUCGUACUUGCACGCAGUACCCGAAUAGUGACAAGCGUAAAUGUUGAUCCUGUGACAUGGGUUGCAUGUUUACAGAAAGAGGGGGAAAGCUCUUAUCAGUUUUGUGUCCAGCCAGCCAAUGCUCCUGCCUUCAUAGGAAAUACGCCUGAGCGGCUAUUCCAUAGAGAAGGACUUAGUAUUAUAUGUGAGGCCUUAGCUGCAACCCGUGCUAGAGGCAAAUCGGCUAUUGAAGACCUUAAAAUAGAACAAGAUUUAUUAUCCAACCCAAAGGAUGACCUUGAGUUUUCGAUUGUGAGGGAAGCCAUCAAAAGGAAGUUAGAGGCUGUAUGUGAUGCUGUAGUCGUUGAACCACAUAAAUCAGUUAGAAAACUUCCCAGAAUUCAACAUCUGUAUGCCCAGCUAGCAGGCAGAUUGAGAACCAAGGAUGAUGAGUUUGAAAUUUUAUCAACGCUUCAUCCAACUCCCGCGGUUUGUGGAUUUCCAACAGAGGAAGCUCGAGAUUUAAUUGCAGAAACUGAGUUAUUUGAUAGAGGGAUGUACGCCGGGCCUGUUGGUUGGUUUGGAGGAGAAGAGAGUGAGUUUGCUGUGGGCAUCAGAUCAGCAUUAGUGGAGACAUCUUUGAUUAUAGGGUCAUGGUGCCUUGGUCUAUGCGGGAACAGGGAUAGUAAAAGGAAGUAAUCCGUCUUUGGAGUGGGAUGAAUUGGAGCUCAAGAUAUCUCAGGUUACCAGAUCGCUUAAACUGGAAUUGGCUUGAGCACCCACGUUUCAUUGGUGAAGCUGUAGUCUGGGAAAGUAAAGGCCUAAGCUUUUCGAUCAGGUUCCUUCCGGUUGUGGCUUGAGUCAGCAAAUGGUUAGUUCAUUCUUCGUUUUGCUUUGCCUGUUUAGAUCACAGUGCCGCAUUCAUAACGUAUAUAGAUAGGUGGCUGCUUCAUUUAAGUAUGAUCGAAUGUUUUAGAAUCAAUUACUUGUAGAGAAAUAUAUUUGUACAUUUAUUGGAGAAACCACUAGUAUUUAGAGUAUUAA